AUGAAGCUGUUGAGUGCUGUUGACUGUGAGGAAGAGAUCCAUCUCAUUAUUGGUGCGUUGGGUGGCAACAUCACCUAUCAAAGAGCAUUGAAAUCGAUCCAGGUUGGUGCUGAACCAUUGUUAGUUCAUGAUGCUGAUGUGAUUGAUGCUAAUUUACAAAACUUGGUGGAACAGGGAAAGCUACAAUGGAUCCAAAAGAAGUUUGAAAUGGAUGAUUUGCAAAAACUGGGAAGAUUAGAAGUUGAUAGUGUUGUGGAUAAAGUCUUUGUUAUUGAAUCAAAUAUCAAACAAGAAAUAUAUCAAGUUUGCAAGAAAUUAAGAAUCCCAAUCAAUACUUAUCAAUCUCAAAACCUAUCAACAUUUACUCUAUUAUCUACUUAUAACUCAAAUGAUUUACAAAUUGGUGUCACCACUUCAGGAAUGGGGUGUAACUUAUCCUCAAGAAUCAAAAGAGAAAUUGUAAAAUCAUUACCUUCAAACAUUGAUGAAAUUGUCUCAAAUAUUGGUAGUCUCAGAAGAGAAUUGAUUAAGGAAGAUGGUGAAGAUUUUGAAUAUUCAAAUGAAAUGGUUUAUGAAUUUGCAAUGACUAAAGAGGAUAAAUUCUUGAGAAGAUCAAGAUGGUUAACUCAAAUGAUUGAAUAUUAUCCAUUAUCUAAAUUAUCUUCAAUCUCUAUAUCAGAUUUCCAUCAACAGAAAAAAAUAACUAAUUAUUCCAAAUUUACAAAGAAAGGUUCAAUAACACUUGUUGGUUCAGGUCCUGGUUCAAUAUCAUGUUUAACAAUUGGUGCAUUGAAUGCAAUAAAGACUUGUGAUUUGAUAUUAUUGGAUAAAUUAAUACCCCAGGAAAUAUUGGAUCUAAUACCAAAUUCAACUCAACAAUUCAUUGCAAAGAAAUUUCCUGGUAAUGCUGAAGCUGCUCAACAAGAACUAUAUGAUUUAGCAAUGGAUGGUUUCCAAAAAGGUUUGAAAGUUGUUAGAUUAAAACAAGGUGAUCCUUUUAUUUAUGGUCGUGGUGGUGAAGAAGUUUUAUAUUUUAAGUCAAAAGGUAUAAAAGCUGAUGUUUUACCAGGUCUAACAUCUGCUUUAACAGCUCCAUUAUUUGGUGGUAUCCCAGCUACACAUCGUGGUGUUACAGAUAAAGUGUUGCUAUGUACAGGUACUGGCUCAAAAGGUUCUACGAGUGAUGUUCCUGAUUAUGAUUCUAAAAGAACUACAAUUUUCCUUAUGGCCAUUCAUAGAUUAGAAAAUUUAGUUGGAGAAAUGUUGAACAAGAAGUGGGAUUGUAAUGUUCCAUGUUGUGUUAUUGAAAAAGCAUCAAGUGCUGACCAAAGGAUAGUGAGAAGUCAAUUGAAAGAUAUUGUUGGAGUCAUGACACAAUUGGGAUCAAGACCUCCAGGUUUAUUAGUUGUUGGGUGGAGUUGUGGAGUGCUGGAGUCAAGAUAUGAGAUUGUCGAUGGUGUUACAAACCCAGAUAACGAAGAGUUUGGAGGUGUCACGAACAUGAUAAGGAAGUGUAUAUGA